AUGUCAACAACUACCGGACCAUGCACAAAAGGCCAUGGCCAUUGGGUGUGGAAUAAUCCAAUGACAAAAACCGAUGAGAAUAGAUUUCGAUGCACUAUUUUGCUUAUGGACAAUGAAGGCGUUACUUUUGGUGACCAUACGAUGGGAGGAUGCAUUGAGAAUAUGGGUAUUGCUAGCCUCUCUUUUGCAACCACAAUUACAAAAGAUCUUUAUAACAACUUUGGAGGAGAAACCACAAUGUCAAAGCUUGGAGAAUUCUCCUAA